AAAUGAAGACAAACCCAUUAGAAUCCAUUUUUGGAGCAGGGAUUCAAACCAAAUAUGAGUUCUGACCGAACUACCACCUUCCUCCAAUCUCUGCGCCCGUUACACCAUCUUCCAUCUCAAAUCCCAAAGCACAACCCCAUCGACAACACUGGGCAAAUCGCCAUUGAAGAAGCCAAGAUCGAGAAGGCGAUUAUCGAGGCAAUCACGAGGGGCAAGGCCCAGACUCUGAAGCCCAACUCCGGUGAAGCCAUCCCCAUUGGCGAGCACUACAUUUGCGUGUCGUUUCAGGACGAGGCAGAGUCGGAGUGCCGAGUGUGGGAGUGGCAUGGGCAUAUAAUGUCGUACAAUGGAGAGCAUGGGUACACUCAGGAUUAUGUGUAUGGGAACUACUUUGAGAGAAUGACGAGGAGGGUGUUUUCGGAUGAGAGCGACGAGAAGGGAGAUGUGGGUCUGGGGUUGAGAGAGUUGAUUGGUGGGAUUAAUUCGAUGGACGGUGGAAUUUUGUGCAGGAACAUGAAUUUCACCACCUCAGAUGGAUCAAUGCAAUAUAGCCAUAUUUUGCAUAAUGAGAUGUGAUAGAAAGAGCCAUUUCAAGAAAUUUGAUCUGAAACGAAUUCAUUGUGGCAAGUCCUUUAGCUAUUGCAUUGUACUUUUGCAAUUUUUGUCCUCAAAUUUAAUUACUCUUCAGUGGGUGAUUGAGGCUUUUGUUCUUUCUAUCAAUGGUUCAUACAAAUGUGUUCUGAGAAUUUUAACUACUCUAGGUGGAAGGCUAUAAACUUAUAUUGGAUGAGUUGGAUUUUGAUGGACAUCUCCUUAGCCACUUAGGGAUGUCAAAUAUUUGAAAUGGGAAAUGUAGAUUUGGUGUGAAACAUUUUCUCAAGUUAUAACUGGAAUUAUGGUUUCAACUGGCUUCAUUUAUUGCUAUUGGAGUCGUUACCCUAGUGAAACUUCACUUCCAAAUGGAUGAACUUCCACAAUCAUUCAACAACAAAAAUUUCUCUAUAUGUUUGGAUCCAACCAUUCAUCUUCUUCAUUAAUUUUUUUGCUCUUUCACUCAUUGAGUGUCUUGUUUGUAUUUGUAAACAAUCUUGUUGCAAUCGGAUUGCAAUAUUACAAAGAAUAAUAUUUUUGUCCAAUCAUCCAUUGCUUCUUUUUUCUCGUUUUUUCUCUAUUUAUGAACCAAACUGUCCCCAUUUUCACUCAUCCAAUUUAAAGCGAUGGAUUUCCUUCAUGUGUCCAUAUCUUUCCCUGCAUUCAAAUUCACCACUCUUUAAUGUUCCUAACAAUGUGUUUCCAAUACUUUAGAUUAUACUUUAUUAUUCAACUGUUCUUUCUAAAAGAAACACAUGGUGAUUCUUUUGUUGUUAAAGGCAUGCCUAGGCCCAAGUACAGUGAAAUCCUAUUUGUAGCACCUUCUCUAUUGGAGAGAUGCAUUGAAUCAUCUAUUUGUUUUCCUUUUUACACUUCUGUUCUACAGCACACUGCAAUUUUAUAUAAUUACAUUAAUUUUUUGAAUGCUAGAAAUCUUUUUCUCCUUCUUUUUCUUCUUCUUCUUCUUAUUAUUUGUGGCUAUGAUUCAAUUUUGCAUCAUGUUUGAUGAUAUUUGUAAUAUUUUAUAAAAUUGACAUGCACACUAGAUUGUGCUUGGCUUCAUACCCACAUUGGGUUACGCCUUGUACCUAGGCCCCAAGGGAAGUUUGUGCCUUGUGUGCACUUUGUGUCUUUUAGAACUAUGAGUGAUUUGGACCAUUUCUUAAUUACACUUGAAAACUUGGAAAACUGAUCACUAAGUGAUGAUGCUAAAUGAAGCAUUGUACAGGAUGUCUUAUUACAAGAAAAUUUCCUUUAGUCCACCAUGUUGGUAGGUUUCAAAUAGAUAAGUGUCAAAUUUUACAACCUCCAACGAGAUGUGGGCACUAUGAUCCACCAUUAAUUAGAUUUGUGUGCUAAUUAGAUUUGUAUGCUAUAUAGCAAAGAGAGGGAAAGGGAAGUCAUAGGGCCCAUUUGAAAAUUGUUCUUAAAAACAAAUUUCUGUUAUUUAGAACAAAAAAUAGUUUUCCAACUUCAAAUACAUGUUGGCAAAUUUUGGAUUGAAAACAAUCUUUUAAGAAUUUGUUCAGAAAAUACCCUAAUUUUUUAGAACCAAUUUAGUAUUUUUCAGUUGUUUUUUUUUUUGAAGUGUUUUGAGAAACAAUUAGAAAAUGGAGAGUAGGCUGGAAACUUUUGCAUUUUAUGUAAAUGUGCAGGGCUUUCAGAGAGUUUCUAAAGGGAAUUUUUGUUCUUCAAAGCAAUUGAGAAAUCUUUUUAAGAACUGUUCUCAAAAAUUAAUUUUUUAGAACUGUUUUAAAAAAUGUUGCCUAAGAAGCCAAUAGUUUCUUGGAUCAAGUCUUUGAGCUACUAAAGAAGCUGGUACAAGAGCUUAUAAGUUAUCCCAUGAAAAGCCUUAAGCCGGCUUGUUUUGAGUUCCCUAAAUACUUUCUACCGAACUUUGUAGCUUUAUCACUUGUUAACAUAUAUUUAGGUUGAUUUUAAUUUAAGUGGCAUUCUUUAGUAAAAGUUCACUGGUUUGCCAUUGGCUAAAUAUUAUCAAUAAUUAACUUGAUGGUAAGGUUCCUUGAAGUCUUAUCUUAUUACUUUGGUUCAAUCACGAUCCAAGCUCAGUAAUGAUGGUGUGUUUCCUAAUUGAUAA